AGGGUCAAAGUUUAAACUGCUGAGUUAAAGUAAGACCAGUGUGAAGAUGAAGGACCCGCUGAGCAGCUGUACUUAUAAUCUGAUGUAUCAGGAGCUGAAGAGAAUCUCGAAGAAUGGCGAGUUUUUCUGCAAAGAGCUCUUGGCCGUCUUUCAGCAAAGAUCUGAACUGGAGAUCAACUAUUCGAAAGGACUUCAGAAGAUCGCAGGGAAACUUCUUAAAGUCUCGAAAGAGAUGUGUGACAACUCCACAUAUCGUGCGUGGUCCUUCAUAUCAGAUGAAAUGUACGCCUCAGCAGAUGCCCACCGCAUACUGGGAAAUGCUCUCAACCAAGAUGCCAUUCAGGAAAUCCGUCAAAUCCUAGAUGAACACGGGAAAAGAAAAAGACCACUUGACAAUGCCGUUGAAAAGUCAGGAAAGCUUGUUCUUACAAACUGGAAUGAACAAAUUAAGCUAAAAAAGAAGCUGAUUGGGUUGACAAGAGAACAUGAAGCUCUCUUCAGCUUUGUGGAGAAAAAUAAACAAAUCUGUACAGAGAAGGAAAAACAGAAGAUGUUGAACAGAUUGACUAAAUCAGCAGAACUUCAGGCCAGAGUCGAUGAGGAAUAUUUUAACACCAACAUGGAGGGUCACCACAUCCGACUGAAGCUGGAGAACACACUGAAAACCUGCUACCAGAUCGUUCAGGAGCUUGAGAAGCAAAGAAUAGAGACCCUGUCCAACACCCUAAACAAGUACAGUCUCUUCAUGACCGUAUACGCGCAGACCGUCAUUCACAGUCACAAACAGAUUGAGCAGGCUGUACGCAAAGUUGAUGUGGAGAAGGACAUUCAGUCGCUGGUCGAGGACGUCAGUGCUACGGAGGAUGACAACAAAGCUGAAUUUCUCAUGGCUGACUACUUCGAGGAAGAAGGAAAAACAGUCAUGGGAAAAGAAAGAAGGAAAGAUGCCAUCAGAACCAAACUGCAGCGUCUGGAGGACUGCAUCACGAAAACAAAAAGCGACAGAGAAGGUUUAGAGAAAAUGGUGAAAGUAUAUAGAGAACAACCAAACUUCUCCAAUAAAAAAAACUUGGAGGAAACGGAAGAGUUACUGGAUGAGGCCAUCCUCAAACUGGACCUUUUGGAAGCGACGCAUUGCAAACUGACGCACAGUCUGGCCGAGAUUGAGGGCAAGCCGAAAUCAAGACAUCGAUUCAGUGACAGCAUCACUAAAUGGAAAGAAAAGGACUGUGAGCACAGCGUCGUGCAGCUUUCUCGACCGGUGAGGAUCAAAAAGACUCCGUUCAGAUCACGUCAGUCCAUGAGGAGCUCCGUGAUCAAUAAGAGUGUGCUGACCAACCAAAGCUCUGAUACGACAAGCGAAGAGCCCUCGACUGAGGCGACCGAUGUCACGCAUAACACAGACGAGCAACAGAGCGGCCCGGUCAACGGAAGCGUGUCUGAAUCUGAAGAGGAUAGAGGCUCAGAAUUCUGCUCAGUCGGCAGAUGCAAGGCUUUAUACAGCUUUACGUCAGAAAGAGAGGAUGAGUUAAACAUUAAUGAAGGAGACGUACUGGAUAUCUUUCAGAAGGAUGACACGGGCUGGUGGUUCGGUGAGCUCAACGGACAGAGAGGACAUUUCCCAUCCACGUAUGUGGAAGAGCUGCCUGUUUUCACUGAGAUGAAGUCAUCUGAAGCUUAG